AUGUCUUUAAUUUUUAUGAGAUUUGUUCUUUUUAUUUCUUCUAUAAUUAUUUACUAUAGAAAGGACUAUAUAUCUGAUGAUUUAUUUUUAAAUCGAUUUAUUUUUUUAGUUUUAAUAUUUAUUCUUUCUAUAAUAAUAAUAAUUGUUAGACCUAAUUUAAUUAGAAUUUUAUUAGGUUGGGAUGGAUUAGGUUUAGUUUCUUAUUGUUUAGUAAUUUAUUAUCAGAAUGUAAAAUCUUUUAAUGCAGGUAUAAUUACUGCUUUAUCAAAUCGUAUUGGUGAUAGAAUAUUAUUAAUAUCAAUUGCUUGAAUAUUUAAUUAUGGUAGUUGAAAUUAUUUUAUAUAUAUUGAUUUUUUUUCUUUUAAUUUUGAUGUUAAGCUUAUUGGUAUUUUAAUUGUUAUUGCUGCUAUAACUAAAAGUGCUCAAAUUCCUUUUUCUCCUUGAUUACCUGCAGCAAUAGCAGCUCCUACUCCUGUAUCUUCAUUAGUUCAUUCUUCAACUUUAGUUACUGCUGGUGUUUAUUUAUUAAUUCGUUUUAACCCAAUAUAUAUUGAUAGUUCUUUAUCAUUAAUGUUAAUAUUUAUUUCAUUGAUUACUAUAUUUAUAUCUGGUAUUUGUGCUAAUUUUGAAUAUGAUUUAAAGAAAAUUAUUGCUUUAUCUACAUUAAGACAAUUAGGAUUAAUAAUAUCUAUUUUGUCAUUUGGUUGUAUUUAUUUAGCAUUUUUUCAUUUAUUAACUCAUGCUUUAUUUAAGGCUUUAUUAUUUAUAUGUUCAGGUGUUAUUAUUCAUUCAUUUAAGGAUUGUCAAGAUAUUCGUUAUAUAGGUAAUUUAUUUAAUCAAAUGCCUUUAACUUCUUUAUGUUUUUCUAUUGCUAGUCUUUGUUUAUGUGGUUUUCCUUUUUUAUCUGGAUUUUAUUCUAAGGAUUUAAUUUUAGAUAUAUAUUCUAUUAAUUAUAUUAGAAUUUUCUCUUAUAUUAUUUUUUAUGUUUCUACUGGUUUAACUGUUAGUUAUAGUAUUCGUUUAAUUUAUUAUUUAAUAAUUAAGGAUUAUUCUUUCUUUUCUUAUCAUUCUGUUUCUGAUGGUAGAUGAUAUAUGCUUUUUGGUAUAAGUGUUUUGUUAAUAGUUUCUAUUUUUGGUGGUUGUAUAUUAAGAUGAUUAUUAUUUCCUUAUCCUUAUUUAAUUAUAAUACCUUUUAUAAUGAAAAUUAUGGUUCUUAUUAUUUGUUUUUUUGGAUUUUGAAUAGGUUAUUUUGUUAAUAAGUUUAAUUUAUUUGAUUUAUUAUAUAAUUAUUUUAUAUAUAAUUCUUGUUUAUUUUUUGGGAACAUAUGAUUUCUUCCUUUUUUUACUAUUAAAAGUACAUAUUUUUCUUUAUUUUUUGGAUUGAAGUUAAAUUCAAUUAGAGAUUUUGGCUGGUUUGAAUUUAUAGGUGGUCAAGGUUUAUAUUAUUUACUUAGUAAAAUUUCUUUAUAUAAUCAGAUUAUUCAGAAUAAUAUUUUUAAUUUUUUUUAUAUUAUUAUUUCUUUUUGAUUUAUUAUUUUGAUAUUUAUUUAAUUUAUAUAGCUUAUGUAGAGUUUAAUAUUGAAGAUAUUAAGGAAGAAGUUUUUCUUAUAAAUAUUUAUAAAAAUUGUAUUUUGACUUUACAAUGAAAAUGUAAUAUUUUUCUUAAACUAUAUAAAUAGAAAUAUAAACGGAAUUUAACCGUUAUAAUAAUUAGUUAGCAGCUAUUAUUUGAUCUUCAUAUUUCCUUAAUUGGAAUAAUUAUUCAUUUUUAUCAUUAACAGUGAUAUACCUCUAUUUUGGUUUCAAUUAAUAAAUAAGGAUAAUUUUAUAUCUUCUUUUAGGUCGAAACUAAAUGCAUAAGUAUGCUUCUUAUUUGAGAAUAAUUGCAUUAAUGCAAUACUUUUUGAUUGCAAUUCAAAUGUUAUAAUUAACUAUAAUCCCAUUUUGUUCAGUUUAGUGCUCCUUGAUUUCAUUCAUGAUAAAGUCCUAUAAUUAAUACUAAGAUAAAUAAUAUUGAUGUAGUUAUUCAUUGUUUUAUUUCUGAUAAUAUUAUAGUAGGUAUUAUUGGUAGUAAUAAUGCAAUUUCAAUAUCAAAAAUUAGAAAGAUUACCGCAAUUAAAAAAAAUUUUAGUGAAAAAGGAAUUCGUGGGGAUGAUUUAGGAUCAAAACCGCAUUCGAAAGGUGAAUUCUUUUCACGAUCUAUAAUUGAUUUUUUUGAGAUGAUUAUAUUUAAAAUUAUUAUUAAAUUUGUAAUUAAUAAAAUUAUUAUUGCUAUUGUAAUUGUUGAAUUUAUUAUUUACUCUGAUUUAAUUCAGGCUUUUUAAUUGGAAGUUAAAUAUACUUAUUAUAUUAAGUAAAUAAUUACCUCAUCAGUAAAUAGAAAUAUAUAGAAAUAAUCAUACUACAUCUACAAAGUGUCAAUAUCAUGCUGCUGCUUCAAAUCCUACAUGAUGUGUUUUUGAGAAAUGUAGAUUUAAUUGUCGUGUUAAUGAUACAAAUAAAAAUGUUGUUCCAAUAAUAACAUGAAUACCAUGGAAUCCUGUUGCUAUAAAGAAUGUUGAUCCAUAAACUGAAUCUCUAAUUGUAAAUGGGGCUUCAAUAUAUUCAUAUAUUUGUAAUAAUCUAAAAUAAAUUCCUAUAAUAAUUGUAAUUAUUAAACUUUGAUUUAUUUCUUUAAAAUUAUUAUUGAUUAAUCUGUGAUGAGCUCAUGUUACAGUAACUCCUGAUGUUAAUAGAAUUAUAGUAUUUAAUAAUGGAAUUUGUAUAGGGUUGAAAGGGUAAAUUCCUAUAGGGGGUCAUAUUGUUCCAAUUUGCACAGCUGAUGAUAAUCUUCUAUGGAAAAAUGCUCAGAAAAAAGAUAGAAAAAAGAAUACUUCUGAAACAAUAAAUAGGAUUAUUCCUCAUCGUAAUCCUUUAAUUACUAUUUUAGUAUGUAUUCCUUGAUAAGUUCCUUCUCGAACAACAUCUCGUCAUCAUUGAAUUAUUGUUAAAAUUGUUAUAAAUACUCCUAUUGUUAUGAUUAAGUUUGUUAUUUGUUGAAAGAAUCUAACUGUUCCAACUAAUAUUAUUAUUGUUGACACUGCUCCAACUAAUGGUCAAGGUCUUAUUUCUACUAAAUGGUAGGGAUGAUUUUGUUUAAUUGACAUUAGUUUGAUUCUCUUGCAUAUAAUGUACUUAGAACAGCAAAUACAUAUCCUUGAAUAAUAGCUACUGCUGUUUCUAAUGUUAAUAAUAUUAUUUGAAUAAUUAAUAUUAUUGGUAAUAUAUUAAAUCUUGUGUUUAUUGUUGUAUUUCCUAAUAAAGUUAGGAUUAGAUGACCAGCAAUUAUAUUUGCCGUUAAACGUACCGAUAAUGUUCCUGGUCGAAUAAUAUUUCUGAUUGUUUCAAUACACACUAUAAAAGGUAUUAAUACU